AUGGACAUUCAUCUCGUCCCUCGCAGCGGGAGGAACUACACCGGCUUCGUCACCAAAACCAUCGUCUACGCCGCAACUCUCUUUGUAUUUCUGACCGCCUCCGUCCUAACGAUAUCGUCCAUAAUCCUACCACGAUGGAUAAGUUUUCAAAGAGGCACCUCAAUUGCAAUAACCUACGGCCUCCACGUUCGCUGCAUAAGCAACCCAGUCCCAGUCCCAACCCCGAGCCCGACUCCCAACUUCGCCCCCGCCUCAUACCAAACAACCUGCUCCCGCUUCCCACAAUACGACGACUGCACCGGCACCGACCGCCGCUUCUGUUCCAUGUGGCGUACAAUUGGCUUCCUGAUGUCCUUCGCCGUCCUCCUCGAAGGCAUGACCCUGAUCACCUACAUAAUCAUCCUGUCCGGCGGGAAGCAAAUACGCGAGAGCGGCUGGAGGAUUCUGACGUUGUUUUUGGUGCUGGUGGGGCUUGUGCAGUGCUCAGGGAUGGCGGUGGCGUCAUACCUCCACGACAACGACGACCAUUUCUACCUCGGUUUCCGCCUCGAUGACUCCUUCAUCCUCUGCACGGUUAGCUGGUGUCUAGCUCUCUUAUGCGCCUUGUCCGUUUACAUUGCUGCUCGUGUCUUGCCGACUGAAGGGGGGUAUGAGUUGAUACCUGAUCCGGAUGAUUGA